CGGGGAGGCCGGGCCGCGCUGCCCUGCUGGGCCUCGCCGCGCCGGGCCCGGAGCCGCCACGGCAUGAACGGCGGGGGCCCGGUGGCGGGCAGCGGGGAGCGGCCCCGCCGGGGCUGCCUGCGGGCCUACCCCGCGCUGCCUGUGUGGGUGGUGGAGGACCACCAGGACGUGCUGCCUUUCAUCUAUCGUGCCAUUGGUUCAAAGCACCUUCCUGCCAGUAAUAUCAGCUUUGUUCAUCUUGAUUCCCACCCAGACCUUCUUAUUCCUGUGAAUAUGCCUGCAGACACCGUAUUUGACAAAGAGGCUCUUUUCAGUGAAUUAAGUAUUGAGAACUGGAUUAUGCCUGCUGUUUAUGCUGGUCAUAUUUCUCAAGUAGUAUGGCUUCACCCACCCUGGGCUCAACAGAUCUCGGAAGGAAAACAUAAUUUUUUAAUUGGGAAAGACAUGUCAACAACUACAAUCAGGGUUACAGGUACAGACCAUUACUUUUUAAGUGAUGGUCUGUAUGUCCCUGCUGAUCAGCUAGAAAACCAGAAGCCUUUAAAUUUACACGUCAUUCUCAUCAAUCCUACUGAAGCAUCAAACAGCCAGGAAGAAAAUGGCAAAGUAGUAUCUGCUAAGAGACUGAAGCUAAAUACAGAUGACCCAGCAAGCACUGCUUCUGCCUCUUCGUCAGUGGCUCCUGGUGACCUUGAUCACAGCACCCCAAGUGUGGAGAAGAAGGAAAUACAAAAUACAAGUGCCCUGAACAGGACAGAAACCUUGUCAGAGUGCUCAGCGGCAAGCUCUCUCAGAAACAGUGAAUGCCCGAUAAGGGCAGUUGCUAAAGAUGUCUGCCAAGUACUGCAGAAAGGGGAUACAUAUGUUUUAGACAUUGACUUAGAUUUUUUUUCAGUUAAAAAUCCAUUCAAAGAAAUGUAUACACAGACAGAAUAUGAACUUCUGCAAGAGUUGUACAGUUUCAAGAAGCCUCAUAGAAAUGCAACAGAGGAGGGCUUGCUGGAUUGUGUUGAGAACCGUGUUCAUCAGCUGGAAGAUCUGGAAGCAGCAUUUGCAGAUUUGUGUGACGAUGAUGAUGAAGAGACCCUGCAGAAGUGGGCUUCAUAUCCUGGAAUGAAGCCACUUGUUCAACUAGUUCACAGUUUGAAAACCAGGAUGGAAAGCCCAGACUACGAAAUGGUCCAUCAGGCUGGUCUGACCUGUGAUUAUGUGGAGCUUCCCCACCAUGUUAGCACUGAAGAGGAGAUCGAAGGCCUCAUACAAUCCAUUAAAAUUCUACUAAAAGAUAUGCCUAAGCCCACACUUGUGACGGUUGCUCGAUCAAGUUUAGAUGACUACUGCCCUUCAGAGCAGGUUGACAUCAUUCAAGAGAAGGUUCUCAGUUUACUAGGUUUGGUGUAUGGCACUCUGGAUGUGCACUUGAAUUACUCAAGCACCUCAUCUUCUUUGUGACCUUUAUGUAUUGCCCUGUAAUGUACUGAAUUAAUUAAAAUUGUGUAUUAGCUAUGGUUGCAUGGGGAAAAAUACUGUUAUUUCAGCAGGUGGCACUAGAACCCAAGCUGACCCAAAGCUAGUUUUGAGUUGCAUUGCUUUCUCCAAGUCAGCUGCAUCUGAACUGUUACCCGUUUGGCUUUGUUCAGAGUAGUUUUGUGAUUAUUGUUUUUACUGUCUUGUUUCUUCAAAUCGGUGCAAGAGAAACUAUUUCUCGACCAUAGAAUGUAUUUUUUCACCUUAUUUCUAUAAGUGUCUGUAAAAAAAUAAAUAAUAUAUAUAACUUCUUGAAAUAAAUGGAUUUCUUUUAUGUAAUUAAACUUUUUUUGAUAGA